CCUGCCUCCGCUUACAACACUCUCUUUUCCCUCUUUUUUCAGAUCAAAAACGUAAGCAUUAAUCCUUUUUUUUAUUGGAGAUCAUCGUUAUAACACUACCACCCACUAAAACGACGACGACAACAACAAAUGUUGCCGCUUUCACUUUUACAUACGGCUGCAGGCCAUCCAUUGUUGGUCGAAUUAAAAAAUGGCGAGACUUUCAAUGGUCAUUUAGUCAACUGUGAUAACUGGAUGAAUCUGACGUUGCGUGAAGUCAUUCAAACGUCACCCGAUGGCGAUCGGUUCUGGCGUUUGCCAGAGUGCUAUAUCCGUGGCAAUACCAUCAAAUAUCUGAACGUACCCGAAGAAAUUGUAGAUAUGGUCAAGGAGGAAGAACAGAAACAGAGAGCAGCCAGACGGGACAAUCGCCAAAGAGAGAACGGAUACAACAGUCGCGGACGCGGUGGUGGACGAGGUGGUAACUAUCGUGGUGGUGGUCGAGGCGGUCAUCGAGGCGGCGGCGGUGGUAGUUCCGGCAUGGGUGGACGACCAUGAUAAUAUAUGAUAGUGAUACAUCAUCUUUAAAGCAUACAUAAUAAUAAAAAAUGGAAGAAAAAGAAGCUUACUAUGAUUGUAGACACCAUUGUGCUCGUUGAAAUCUCCCCUCAAAUAGCUGUAUCAAUAAAUUGCGUAGUUAAAGCUAAUUCUUCCAAUUGGUGUCUUCUAUCGAGUUUUUUUAGUGAUCAAACAAUAUGCAUAAAGCGACGGCAUGUACCAUAUGAUGUACUUGAUUAAUCAAUCAAAACUUCAAG